AUGGCCCAAGCCCUAACGGGCCAUGGUUGCUUCGAGAGCUAUUUGUGGCGAAGAAAGAAAGCCGCAAACCCGGGGUGCGUAAACUCUCCGGCUGUUUUUGAUGACGCCGAACACACGCUAUUCGUUUGUCCAUUCUGGGAUGCAGAAAGAGCGGACGUUGCUGUGCCGCUAAGGAAACCAGUGGGUCCUGAGGAUGUUCCAUACCUUUUGUGCGGCCCUGUUCCGCAAGAGCUUCCGGAGAUGCCGUCCCAGUGGAGAAUCAACUCCAAUCAAUUGCUGCAUCAACGAGGCACAGGGAGUUGUUUCAGCAGAUGGUGGAGGCCAUUUUUUCCGAAAAAAAGGAACUGGAGAGGCAGAGGCGGCGCCAAACGAAUGCAUGACAAGUUUAGUUAA